AUGAUUCUGAAGUCCUGCAGUUUUCAAAAAGCUUCAGCCUCCGAAGCAAAAACAGCCGGGGUGGCCGGUCGGACCGUGACGAAGCCGCUCACUCCUUGUCACCAGGCGAAUCACACCAAAGGCGAGCGAGCGAUUCAAGAAAUCUCUGCCUCGGCAGCAAACGAAUCUGGACCCGGUCCAUUGGGUCUCAAUGUGGUAUAUUCGCCAGAAACCGAACGCAAAGUAGACAUCGUCUUCAUACAUGGACUGGGAGGGAGCAGCAGAUGGACGUGGUCGAAGAACAAGGAAUCUGAUCUUUUUUGGCCUCUCACAUUUCUUCCACUAGAGUCAGUUCUCUGCCGAGCGAGGAUUCUCAGUUUCGGGUACAAUGCAAACUUCCGCAAAUCAGGGAAUGCGAGCACGGUUGUCCUGGAUUUCGCUAAAGAGCUACUAUUUGAUCUGAAAUUUGCAAAGGAUGAACGGAACGAUGAUCUGCGAAUGGGCUCUGUGCCACUUCUCUUCGUGGUACAUAGUAUGGGAGGUUUGAUCGCCAAGGAGGCAUAUAUGCAGGGUCUGAAUGACCCGGGAUACAAGAAAAUCAUCUCGGCUAUCUCAGCAAUCCUCUUUCUUGCCACUCCGCACCGCGGCACCAAUCUAGCAGACAUUCUCAAUCGAAUCCUCCAGACUACUCUUGUCAGCACCCCGAAGAAAUACAUUUCUGAGUUGUCCACAGAUUCGUUCACUCUGCAAAAGCUUAAUGAGCAGUUCCGACAUGUCGCCCCAAAACUUGAUAUCGUAUCUUUCUAUGAGACACAGGCCACCUCGAUUGGAUUCAAGGGGGCUCGAGUUAUGAUAUUGGAGAAGGACUCAUCUGUGCUCGGCUAUCCCGGGGAAACGUCAAAGGCAAUCAGCGCGGACCACCAUAAUAUUUGCAAAUACGAAAGUCCCCUCGAUCCGAAUUACAUCACUGUCAGAAAUGUACUGAAGUCAAUUGUCGAUAAAAUAAUACUGGCAGCACAGAAGGCCCAGCCAGACAACUCUGACAGGAGAAAGUCAGUUGAUUUGAAGUCAAUAUUAGCUAUCCCCGAAUUACCAGAUGUGGAUUACAUAUUUUUCAAAGACCAAUGGACACAAGGCACCAAUCUCUGGUUUUUGGAUGAAACAGCCUACAAAGAAUGGAUCAAUCCCGAGCGAUCAACAUCCGGGGUGCUCUGGGUCAGCGGCGGGGCGGGGACUGGAAAGUCCGUUCUGUCAUCCUUCAUCAUUGACGGAUGCGUCCAGCAGGGGAGAUUAUGUCAAUAUUUCUAUAUCCGAUACGGGGACAAAAAGAAGCGUACUCUCAGCCUUCUACUACGAUCUAUCGCCUAUCAGAUCGCCCAGAAGAUACCGGGUUUUCACGAAGGGCUCUCCGGCAUUGCUGAUCAAGGUUUCGAUCUUGAAGGCGCAGACCCGAAGACAAUUUGGGAACGUGUAUUCAAGUCGGUUCUGUUCAAUACUUCCUGUGAAGAACCGAUUUUCUGGAUAAUUGAUGGGCUAGAUGAGUCUAUUGAUGCUCGUGCAGCUAUCAAGCUAUUUUCCGAUAUUCACCUAUCAAAGUUCCCGAUUCGAAUUCUUCUCCUGGGCCGAAGCACCUCAGAAAUCACGACUGCACUGAGAAAACUACCGUCAAGCGUGGACCAAGCCCAGAUAUGUAUCGAGGGACAUCAAGAUGAUAUUUAUGCCCAUAUUGAGCAAGAGCUCAGUAUGUCUGGUGGUGCGGAUCUUAGAAAAGUGGUUAUCCGACGGUUAGUAGAAGGUGCACAACGAAAUUUUCUGUGGCUUCGACUGGCGGUUGAACGACUGAACCUAUGCCAUACACUCUCUGAUGUUGAUCGAGCUUUCAACGAGCUCCCUCGGGGGAUGGAAGCGUUGUACAGCCGGAUGGCAAAGUCUAUUACGCAGAACCCUUCACGGUCUGGUCGCAAUCUCGCGUUAACCAUUCUACAAUGUGUCACUUGUUCUUCGCGAGUUCUGAAUGUUGCCGAACUGUACCAGGCAUUGAACAAAGAUCACACCGAUAUGUUGGAUCUUCAACAAUCCAUCGGAGAGCUUUGCGGUGGAUUCGUGAUCGUCGACAACAGCGGCAAAGUUAGUAUGCUUCAUCACUCCGCACGCGAAUACCUCCUCAACGUCGAAGAUGGUCCUUCCGUUAUCAAUCGUGAUGCUGCUCACGAACAACUGUUUUUGAGCUGUAUGAGAUGUCUCAUGUCAACCGGUAUUCGCGCUCGGAUCACCCGGAACGAAAUGCCAGAGUUUGUCGAAUACAGUGCCACCUGGUGGUCAUCCCAUUUGGCCUCGAUCACUACCCCUAAUGAAAAUGUCCAGAUCAUCGUCAGGAGAUUUCUAACGAGUCAUUGGGUCUUGGUCUGGAUCCACGCUCUUGUCGUGACAAGGAAGCUGAGGAUUCUUAUUCGAGCGUCGAAGUGCUUAUCGAAAUACGCCACUGCAAGUCAAAAUGUUAGCGUCGAAGGAUCCAGCGAUGUCACACACAUGGUUGAGCACCAGUUCCUUGAAAGUUGGGCAGUGGACUUUAUGAAAAUUGCCGGUAAGUUCGCUACCAACCUGCGGCGCAACCCCGAAGCUAUCUACAAACUCGUUCCUCCUUUCUGCCCUCGCAACUCGGCCAUUUAUCAGCAGUUUGGGAAGUCAGAGCACAAAAGCCUAGCCGUACUGGGUCUUUCCACACAAAAUUGGGAUGACUCACUUUCCCGUCUUUCCUUCGGCAUUGGCACCAAUGCAUCGUCUAUACUUGCAGCCGGGUCUCAAAUUGCCGUCCUUGCCCCGCCGGGGAAUGUAUUCAUCUACAACUCCUCGGAUUUCGAGGAAGCAGCUACAAGUCCGAUCAUACAUGGAGAACGGGUGUAUCGAAUGGUAAUGAACGGAGCGGGAAGUCUACUGGUGACCUACGGCUUCAAGUCUGUGAAAGUGUGGGAGACAUCAACAGGCGCCUGCAAACUAUCCAUCGCAAAUCUCGAAUCCCGACCAAGACCACUUGCUAUAAUCUUCGUGCAGAACGACAGGUUACUUUUGGUGGGUUCGGAUGAUCGCCGAAUUCGAUCGCUGGACUUGCAUGAUGCGGCUCCUGAAUGGCAAAUUAUUGCGAAGCUCGAUGAGCCUCAGUUAGAGGGCAAUUUUCUCAACGCUUCUAGCUACAUGGCCAUCAAUAACGAAGGUAGCCUGAUAGCCGUCGCAUAUAGAGGCCAUCCACUCUCGGCAUGGGAGAUUGAUGGACCAAUUCAUAUCGACCAUUGCUGGCGGGCCAGAGGUCAAGUGGCAAGGGGUGAGGUCAUGGAGGCAGUCUGGCAUCCGCAUUACCCACAGCUUUUAGGUCUCUAUAUUGAAGGUGUCGUCUUUAAAUGGGACCCUUAUGAGGGAAACCUCGAGGAAAUCGGAACAGGCGCUACCACCUUGGCAAUCAGCAGGGACGGAAAUUUGUUUGCCACUGGCGAUGUCCAGGGAACGAUCAAAGUCUACACUACGUCAGAGUUCCGGCUCUUGUAUCAGCUGGCGUCCCAGGAUGCUGUUAUUGAUUUGGAGUUCAGCCCAAACAUCCAUCGCCUUUAUGACGUUCGUGGUGACUAUGGGACAGUAUGGGAGCCUAACGCAUUAAUGCGGUAUGAAGAACGACUGGAAAGAUCGCUGGAUGGUGACGGCGACAGCGCCAGCUUCGGUCAGAGCUCCACGGUUUCCAUGGGUGCAUCACGGAGGGUUGACUCAGUUACCUCCUUGGCUGCAUCGCCACUUGGCCGGCUUUACUGCAGUGGGACGGAGUAUGGAGCCGUUCAACUGUUUGAUCUCCAACGUGGGAAGCUCUUCGAUAUUCAGGAUUCCACUUUGUUCCUGGGAAUCGAGCAAAUGACAUGGAGCCCCAAUGGUCGAUGCAUUGCCUUCUCCGAUUCAAGCCAGAAUAUUUUUAUCGCGUUGAUCUCCCUGCAGAUAUCCGAAUCCGCUGUUGAGCGGUUGAUUGAAAGAUCAAUGGAAGGUGAUACAGAUGGGCCCAUCAUGCAACUCCUAUUCGGACCCGACUCAAGUCAUCUUCUAGUGUCGACGCCAUCGACUUUGCAUAUCAUUUCGUCACUGUCAGGCGCUGUGGAGUAUCAUCUGCAAGACUUGAAUGAUGCGUAUAAAUGGAUUAUCCAUCCUCAAGACACAUCUCGCAUUGUGGGGGUUGGACCGAAAUCAGUCACCAUUUGUGACUGGAGCUUGAACCAGAAAUCAACCUACGACCUUCAGUUUCAAUCUACGGAGGAUCUUUCGUCUAUGCUGGAGGCAGGCUCAUAUACUAGCGAGGUCGAUCACGUACGUGUAACCCAGGACAAACGCCAAAUCUUUGUUCAGAUGUCUGUGGGCGAAGGACUUAAAGACAAAAUGUUCUUUCACUUCGCGACAUCUUUCAUUUCAAAUACUCCAGAUUCAUACUCCGAGAAUCAUAAGGGCAUAUCCGCUGCCGUUCUUCCAAAGACAUUCGCAUCUGAGAUCGCUUUGUCCCUCGGCUUUCUUUCACACGAUCGUCUUGUCUUUCUCUCAAAGGCAUACUCUAUCUGUUGGUCGAAAAUACCGUUUGGCCUCAACCGGAAUGAACAACUCCAACCAUCUCAUCACGCAGUUUCUAUGUCCAGAUCUUCAAGCGAUGCCAGCAGUCCUCGAUCUCAUCACCAAACUAGAGAAAUAUUUUCCCUCCCCGGGGACUGGAUAAGUCGGGAUUGUGUAGCUUUGUGUAGCAUUUGGACAAGCGAAAGUGCUCUCCUUUCUCCGAGAAACGGAGAGAUUGCAGUGGUCAAAUCCGUCGGUCUGACUUGA